AAGGUGGAGAGUGUUGGCAGGUGUUGGGUUGUGUCCUACUUUUUCCAUAUUUGGAUGAUCAAUAAAUUGAACAGUGCUCCAUAUUAUUUCCAAAGCUUGGGAUAUUUUUCUGUAACCUAACCCAGCAGUUUUAUCCCCAACUAAAUGCUGGGACUCUUUUUAAAAAACAUUUUGAAAAACGUGUAAUUUUCAUUUCACUUCACAAUUAUGUGCUCGUUUUUCUUUGCACACCAAAUAAAUCUUAAUCACACAUCCUUAGGUUUGCGGCAGUAACGUGACACAAUUUAAAAUAAGUUUCACAGCGUCCACACCAACUUGUCAAACAAACCUAUGAGCGUGUUUUUCGAGGAAAACUGAAACUGGGCUUUCAUUGGUUCAGUGGUACGACAAAGGGGCGGAACUAGAACGACCUCAGAGUGUGAUUGGUCAAGUGGCGUGUAACUCGUUGAGUUCCGACUUCACCUUCAAAGUUCCGAAGUUGGUUGGAAAGAGACAGAACAGCCUGCUGUAUCUCUCACAUUCUCCCGGGUCUGGAGUAAAGUUCCCCACCACGGAGACAGGCGACGCCUCUGGGGGGGCCAUGUCUGGGGGGGCCAUGUCUGGGGGGGCCAUGUCUGGGGGCGGUGCUGCCAACAACAGUUGGACCAUCCUCACAUCUGAGGAGACUGUUGCUGAAACCCUGAGGCCCCUUGCAGAGGAAACAAAGCAGCAUGAAGAAAGCCACACAUCUGCCACAGGACCUGGAGAGAAAAGUCAGCCUCCAAAUAGUGCCGAGUCUGCAGAAGAAAGGCUCCCAGAGGAGGGGUACCUAGUUUCUGAAGAUCAAAAUGCAGAUUCCAACUCAAAUCCUCCAUCUGUGGAUGCCUCUGGCACCUCGGACCACGGUAACAUUGAGAGCAAAACCGAGGGACUGACGAGGUCUUCCCCUGACCCGGAUUCGUCCUCUGACUCCUACACCCUCCUGACGCCUUCCCUAGAUGGGCCCCCAGUCUCACUGCUCAGCACAGAGACUCUUGGAGGUGCAGAGUUUUCACCGGCAGAAGAGGAACUUCGACUAGAAGGAACACUUCAUCUGCAAAAUAAAGAGGAGCCACAGCAAGAGGGACAGCAGUCCGGAAUUGGUGAAAGGACAGAGGAGGGAGAGUCAGUGGAGAGGAGGAGAAAGUCUCUCCUGGAGCAGAUUGGAAGAAAAGAAGAGGAGGAAGAAGAAGUGGAAGAAGAAUUUCAGGUGCCACAGCGAGAGAAUGACGGCGUGUUCUCUCUUAACAAAUGCAUCCUGGCUGCUCUCAUUCUGUUGGGGCUCGGCACCGUCUUUUUCUCUGAGGGUGACUAUACAACAAGGGAACUGAAGGAUACAGAAGCACCAGGGAAACAGGAGUGGCUUAGUCCCGAAGUAGCUCCAGGUUUAGAUCACAACAGCUCCGAGCUCCUGAAUAAGUUAGCUGAAGGGAACCAGCAAAUUUCUGCACUACAAGCUCAGCUUCAGGCACAGAAAGAGGAGCUAAAAGUAGCCAAGGAGCAGGCAGCAGAGGGAGAGGAGCAGCGGCUGCUCUGGGAGGAGGUGGAGAAGGAAAACACAGCCAGUGAUGCUGAUCAAGCCGGCAUGAAACACUCUACAUCACCACCUAGUGACCAAACAGAAGAUGGCAGGCAGGAUUCAGCUGGACCACCUGGAAAACAGCCAUGGAAGACAUGGGGAGAUCAGAGGCAGAAGAAAGAUCCAAAUAAGGUUAAAUAUGAAAUAAACGACAAAAAACAGCAGAAGGGGAAAGAUAAGUCUGUUAGGAAGGAAGGCGAUGGAAAAGAGCUUAAAAAGGGAGAUAAAAUGGAGUGGAAGAAGGGAAAACAUGAGAAGCUUGAGAAUGAGAAAGAUAAGCCAGGUAAGCAAAAGAGGCAAAGUGAUGAGGCAAGUCCUGGGAAGAAGAAAGAGCUAAAGAAAGAGAAGGGAAGAAGAGGAGAUGACGGUAGAUCCUUGGAGGACAAGGAAGGUAGGAAAGAGUUGAAAAAAGACAGAGAAAAGAAAAAGGGAAACUUUGAGAAAGUACAUGAACGUAAAGAAUGGACAGGUAAGGAGAAAGGGGAGUGGCGAGGAGGGAAGCAUCACAGUGAGAAGCUGAAGGGAGAGAUGGAGUGGAAGAAGGGGAAACAUGGAGGCAAAGAAAGGCAGGAGGGAAAAGAUUGGAAGGAGAAAGGGGAUAAGAAAGACCCUGAGUGGAAGGAUAAAAUUGGUAAGGAAGGGAAAGGAAAGGGUGAGAGGAAGCAGUGGGACAAUAGCAAAAGUCAGGGUAAAGAAAGGUCAGGGAUGGAUGAGAGGAAACAGUGGAAUGAGUACAAGAGGAAGAGCAAAAACGGGAAAGAAGAGAAGAAAUUCAGGAGGAAGGAUGAGACUUCGGAACAGUUUAAGAUCAAAGAGAUGAAACUGAAAGAGAAACAGCAUGAUGUAGACUGGGAAAAAGACCAGUCACACUCCCUGAAAAAGAGAAACGACGAGCAUGAAUUUCCAGGUAACCAUGGCUACAAGGAAGAGCACCUGUAUGGUGAGCGAAAGCCCCAUCACAGCCACCCCAAACCCUCCGUAGGACAACCAGAAUACUGGCUCCUACAGAGACAACGCCUCCAACACGACCCCAAACCACCGCAGCAGUGCGACACGCUGGAAACCUGCGCCCAGGCGGAGGGGCUCCUCCCUGUCUCGUUAUCAGAGUUCGACUCUGUACUGCAAACCUACCUAACCAAGAUAGAGGAGGCCGGAGUAGAUGGAUCCAAAACAUCAGAGCUCAGAAAGAUCGCCUUGGAGUUUUUCAAGGAUGGGAUGUUUGUGCACAACCAGAGGAGCUUCCAGGACUUUGUGGAUGAUCUGUCGGAUAUUUUGGAAGACAUGGUGGAGGAUGGUGACGAGGAAGAUAGCGAUCUGGAGGAUGAAAUGGAGGGCUUUGAAAAGGAAGUCCUGAAAAUGUUUUCACUUCCAGGAGGCAGGGAGAAGGAGAAAAGGGUUAAAGGUGAAUGGAGGAAGGAGAACAGACAAGAACGUGGCUGAUUGUGAUUUGAUAGGCUGGAGGACACACCUUCUUUAGGACCACAAUUACUUCAAUGUGUUUAUCAGGCAGUCAACCAACCCUUCUUUGUGUCACUACCAUCUGUUAAUACAUUUCACUAAACCUUAAAAUUUUACUCUCGCUCAGAUAUUCACUAUAUCACACAGGCUUGCCAAGCUUACAAGUUGUAAUGAUUUUAACAUCUACAGACUGAUAUUUUUUGCUUAUUCUGCUUUGCAAAUAGCUCAAGUCACAACUGUUUGGAUGGAGAUCAUCUGUUAACAUUAAUUUCCAAUUUCCAAACAAGAUUCUGAAUUGGAUAUGAACCUUUUUCAAGAUGCUGUGCUCCAAGUCAUUUCUUGUAGAUCCUGCUGUACGUUUUUAGCGUCAUUCUGCUGGAAGGUGAACCUCCAUCUGCUGCCUUUAAAUUUAUUUUUUAUUUAUUUAUUUUUCCCAGAAUUGCAUUGCGUCUCUUUCCCCAUUAGCUCAGUUUUCUUUCCCUGCUGAAUCAGGCAGCCCCACAUCAUGAAGCUGCCACCACCAAUUGUGUUCAUGGUGUUUUCAGUCUUUCCCUUAGAAUUUUGCAUGUAGGUCAAAAAGUUAUGUUUUGGUUUCAUCUUAACAGGGCCCCACGUCUGUGCUGUGGCCUCUACAUGGCUUUUUGUAAUCUGUACACUGAACGUAAUGUUUACUUUCAAACUUUGCUCUUUUCAUUCAGUAACGUCGUUAAAAUCAAAAGUUGGGUCCAGGUUUUUGUAUCGAGAUUCUUCAGAUUAUGUAAACAUUCACUGGUGUUCAAAUAUCUUGUUUAGUAAUGUUGGAACUUAAACCUGCUGGAGCAGUUUGGAUGUUUUGAACUUAGUUUCUAGAAUUUAAUAUUUUUUUUCUAUUAUCAUUAUUAUUUAAACACGUCCUGCUUACACAGCACUGUUAAUGUUUACUAAAGCUCCACUUAUUGGAGAUACAGGUUGUCAUAUUUAUUCAUCACUGUUUUGUGGGUUACUAAACCAUUAAUAAUAAAGCAGGCUUCAACAUGGGUUAUUAAAGCAAGUGGGAUAAUUUAUGUUUGAGAAUUUGGCAUUGAUUUGUAUUGUUUGUAAAUGUUGCAUCCAACAUGUUUUGUCUAGAAAAUUAUUUAAGGUACAGGCAUGAGGAGAAAGUUUGCUUGUUUUUGUGUCUUUAAUUUAAAUAGGCUGUGUUGCUUUAAAAUUUGUGUUAAUUUCUUUCUCAUUGUGGUUCUUUUGUAAUGUGGAGAAUUUGAGUUCAAAUGUUUCUUGUUGCUUCUGUAACCUCAAAGAAAAUAAACUUUUUUUUUUUUUG